CACUCGCGCCAGAAAAUGGAGUUACUGUUUGGGUGAAUUUUAUCGAAUUUUGGAGGUUUGAGGCCUUCUGAGGUAUCUCUGACGUUGAGCCAAUCCUAAGUUACACCUGCACGUUGCCCCAAGGGGGGCACUGAUAUGAUCAUGACGUCACAAGCACCCACAUCUGCAGAUGCCUGUCUGAGUAUCGUCCAUUCGUUGAUGUGUCAUAGACAGGGUGGAGAAAGUGAAAGUUUUGCCAAGAGAGCUAUUGAAAGUCUUGUGAAGAAAUUGAAAGAGAAACGAGAUGAGCUGGACAGUUUGAUCACGGCUAUUACAACAAACGGAGCUCAUCCCUCCAAAUGUGUCACCAUACAGAGGACGUUGGACGGCAGGUUACAGGUGGCGGGCAGGAAGGGUUUUCCCCAUGUUAUAUAUGCGCGCAUUUGGCGCUGGCCUGACCUCCAUAAGAAUGAACUGAAACACGUCAAGUACUGCCAGUUUGCGUUUGACCUCAAGCAGGACAGCGUCUGCGUAAAUCCCUAUCACUAUGAGAGGGUUGUUUCCCCUGGUAUAGAUUUGUCUGGUCUGACGUUACAGCACACAGCUCCUACGGGACGAUUGGUAAAAGACGAGUAUGUGUCGCAGAUCGAAGGUGGUGCAGGGGAGGCAAGCCAGACGAUAGCCGCGCACACAGCACCACCAGAGGGCUACAGUCGUAUACCUAUUACAGCUGCCUCCAUUGGACCUGCCAUGUCCUCACCCCUGGAGACUUACCCCAGCCCCCAUGGACCUGGUCCUAUACAGUCCCAACCUAGUAUUGGGCCUUUCUCAAGGAGCUCUAACACCACCUGGGCAGGCACCAGUACAGCCACUUACACACAGUCUCAGCCAGAUGUACCCAACUACUGGAAUAGCUCCCCAUUAUCUAGUGAUGUUCAGCUACCUCUAACGGCACAACCUCCCGCCCCAGAGUUCUGGUGCACUAUCACUUACUUUGAGUUGGACCAGCAGGUGGGGGAAACAUUUAAGGUGCCGUCUAGUUGCCCGAGUGUCACAGCUGACGGGUACACAGACCCCUCCAGCAUUGAUCGCUUCUGUCUGGGUCAGCUCUCUAAUGUGCAUCGAACUGAGGUCAGCGAGAAAGCCAGGUUACAUAUAGGCAAAGGCGUCCAGUUAGAUUGCCGCGGGGAAGGGGACGUCUGGAUACGCUGCCUCAGCGACCACAGUGUCUUUGUACAGAGUUAUUACUUAGAUAGAGAGGCAGGCAGAGCUCCAGGAGAUGCUGUUCAUAAAAUAUACCCCAGUGCUUAUAUCAAGGUGUUUGACAUUAGACAGUGCCACAGACAGAUGCAGCAGCAGGCUGCAACUGCUCAAGCGGCUGCUGCCGCACAAGCUGCAGCUGUGGCAGGUAAUGUUCCUGGCCCCGCAUCUGUAGGAGGGAUUGCACCCGCUGUGGGCCUCUCUGCAGCGGCCGGUAUUGGUGUAGAUGAUCUGCGGCGACUGUGUAUUCUCAGACUUAGCUUCGUGAAGGGCUGGGGUCCUGAUUACCCUAGGCACAGUAUAAAAGAGACCCCAUGUUGGAUUGAGGUCCAGCUACAUAGGCCCCUCCAGUUACUGGACGAAGUGCUACAGGCAAUGCCUCUCAGCGAGUCUCGCACGCCUGCCCGGGGAUACUUUCUUGGAUAAAUCAACGUGUUUAGCGAAUACGCUGUGGAAUUUCAAGGAGAAAUCUGACUAUAAAGGUCUGGAUCAGUAAUCGGUGAAAUAUAUGGGGAUAUCUUAUGUCCUAAAAAUAGGGUUGGUACGGACACUUGUACAGUGAGUAAUGUUGUCAUACAGUGUUUUACUUAAGUACAUUUAUACGACAAACUUUAGAUUUCUGUGGAAAUUGUACACUGACAAAAUUGUUGUCGCACAUUGUUUUAUAUGUACAUUUUCACUGACAAAACAAUUGUUUGGAAAAUUUGUGAAGGAACUGUGAAAACUUUGUUCUUUCAAACACAAGGUAUAAGAUCAGAGUUCUUAGGAAGAAGUUCUUGUAUACUGGUUUUGUGAUAAGAACUGUUCAGUGUUGUAGAGGAAAGCAGACAAGUAUAUUAUCACAGUCAAAUCAGUAGUGCUGUAUAAAAGCUCAUGGCUGUCUACAUAUAGGUCGGUAAAGCUCGCAGGCACAUGGAAAUCUCAAAUCCAUUUUACUGCAAGAAAUCAAGCCUGGAAAUAUUUUUUAAGUUGCUUCAGGACAUAAUGUCAAAUCUUCCAGCUAUUCACAUUAUAAAACAAGAUACGGUGUUACAUGUAUUCACAGUUCAGUUCUGCCUUGAACCAAACAGUUGGCCCCUGUCAAAACAUUAUUUGGUGAAGGAUAUUGUCCUUGUUCUGUGGCAUUGUAAUUGAAGUGAAGAAUUGGAGAAGAACUGUCAGGAUAGAUUGGUAAUAGACAGAUAAAUAAUAAAAUGUCAAUGGGCCCAAUUGUUCAAAAGUGUAUCAGCAGUUAAGCUUGGUGUUAACCUCAGUCUGGACUAAAGUGACAUUUACUGUGUAUUAGGAUGAGACUUGUAUUCAGAUUUAAGUCUGGCUUAAUUUUAAUGCAGUUCGUGGGAAGGUCUGCUAGCAACUUGCGGAUGGUUGUGGGUUUCCCCCGGACUGUGCCCGGUUUUCUCCCACCAUAAUGCUGGUCGCCGUCGUAGAAGUGAAAUAUCCUUGAGAACAGCGGAAAACACCAAUCAAAUAAAUAAAUAAAUAAAAUUUUAAUACACUUUUGAACAGCUGGCUGCAGUUCUUGCUGGUUGGUUGUCGCUUUAUGUCAGGAGGUUUUACAGGUAACUG